GCCACAUCCGCCUUUAUCUUUGUCAACGCCGCGGUAACCAUCCCCAACGAUGCCCUCACGACCUACGGACCCCGGUUGGGAGUUUGGCGCCGCUCUAGACCUCAUUAGCUCAGACACCCGCAUCAAUCCUCCUGGGCUGUCCAGUAGCAAUGAUGCUCUCAGAGUUUCCGUUCCCACGCCAAAGAUCCUCCACGAGAAGACAAGCCAACAGAGCCUGCGAUUGGGCAACUUCGGGAAGCUUUUCGCCGAGCUUGGGAUUGUUGGAAAUAUUCCAGUUCCUCCAAUCAGCCCUGUGGAAACGGACUCUGCUGAGCUGAGCAGUUCCAGCGAUGGCAACUGUGUACAACCCCCGGCCCAACCGAAAAAGAUCAAGUCAACCAAAGAGGCACCCGCACGGCUUGUAGAUGGCACAAAGAGUCCCACGGCGUUGACGCCCAAGGCACUCAGUGAAGACGAAGAGAGAUCCCGAUCGCCGACCAAAUCCCUCGAAAAUUCCAUUCCGGCGGGUCUCAGCAAAGGCGCACGUAGACGAGCGCGUAAGCAGUUGGAAAAGGCUCUUGCGAAUAAGACGGAGCCGGUUGCACCGCUUGAGAAAAAGGCCGCAGAUCCACCAAAAGACGAAAAAGCCCGUCCGAUCCUUGUUGUACCUGCAAAUACGACCAAUACAAAGGCUCUUGCACACAAGGAAUCGGAUUUGAAGCAGCAAUCUCGCACUCCUUCUCGAUCGAAUGUCGGCGCUAAGAUACGUCCGGCGACUCCAGUUCAAGUCGUAUCCACACCCAUCAUUCUCUCCAAAUUAUCCCAGAAUCCACUGGCUGCUGCAUUUGUGCCACUUGCUUCAUCCCAACCUGCACCUUCUUCGGUUGAUGCACUUUCUCACAACGCCUCCGUUCCAAAUCAGCCUACGCAUGUUAUUUCUUAUCAAUCCGAAAAUGGGUCUUUCCCUUCCAAAUCUUCGAACCCAACUCCACUAGUCCAAUCGGUACCUCUACCGGUGCCCUCUCAACAUAUGUCCACUCCACCGCGUUCUUCCGUGAACACUUAUUACACCCCGCAAGCUCAGAAAACUUCGAUACAGAAUCACGGCCUGAUCCCGCGGACUGUACAGCCGACUAAGGUGCCGCGAUCGGAGAUCCCUAUUAUCCCACAACACCAGAUGCAACCGGCUCAGCAUUCUGUAGUGUAUCCGCAGGCAACGCGCAUGCCAUUCACACCUGGAAAGCUGGCUGGGCCACUUACUGUUAGACCCAAGACAGACCGAAACUUUCACUUUUUCAAUCAACUGUUGGGCAACUUCCCAGAAGACUUGCAGUGGCUUGUCUCUCCAAUGCAGCUCUGCAACGAGAAAAAGGUCCCCCAAGGCCUCCAUGUAUUUGUGGAUGCAUCAAACAUCAUGAUUGGAUUCCAGUGGGCAAUGAAGAAAUAUCGCGUUGCACCAUUCGAGAUAUCCUUUGACAGCCUGGCGUUGUUGAUGGAACGACGUCGACCAGUAGCGAAACGGGUGUUUGCUGGCUCCCACAGGGAAGCUAGCCCGAAUCCUUGCAUUACGAAGUUGCACCAAAUGUCGAAAGCUGUGGGCUACGAAAACACUAUCAAUGAACAGGUGCUUAUCAAUCGAGAAGACUCGGAGAGGAAGAAAUUCUUCAAAGACGUUGAAAAGAUGGGCUUCCAAAAGGCUGUCGAAAAGUCCAAACGCGGUAGCGGAAGCGGCAGCGACUCUGAAACGGGCGCUGCUGAUGAUGCUGCUCCGUUGGCGCCUGCCACUCCGAGAUGGGUGGAGCAAGGUGUCGAUGAAAUUAUACACCUAAAGAUGUGUCAGAGCAUCAUCGACACCGAAGUCCCAACCACAAUGGUGCUCGCGACUGGCGAUGGAGCCGAGGCCGAGCAUUCGGACGGAUUCCUCGCUCAUGUAGAGCGUGCGCUCAAGAAAGGAUGGAAGAUCGAGCUGGUUAGCUGGAGACAGCAGACCAACGGCGGAUACCGAAACAAGAAGUUCCGGGCCAAAUGGGGUGAUCGGUUCAAGAUCAUCGAAUUGGACGAUUACCUGGAGGCUUUGAUUGAUACGCCUUAG